AUGGACUUAUUGGGUCCGAUAGAUGACAAGCUUGCGGCGUACUGCAGGGCGCUGCCCAAGGUGGAGCUGCACGCACACAUCCAUGGGUCUAUUCGGCCGUCAACUUUGAAGGAGCUCUUACAGGACGAAGCAAAGCGGAAUGGUACGGAGCCGCUGCGACUUCCGAAGAACCGCAGUCUGGACGAGUGUUUCGAGAUGUUUGGGUUGAUCCACCAAGUAGUCACUAGUCGACGCGUACUUCGCCGGAUUGUCAUUGAGGCGGUGGAGGACUUUGCCGCAGAGAACGUCAAGUAUCUAGAAUUGCGCUCCACGCCGCGUGAUUUGCCGAGGGAUGGCGCGACCCGUGCAGAUUACGUGGGCGAAGUGGUGUCAGCGCUCCAAGAAAGUCACGCGCGACAAGAUCUGGACAUCGAGGUACGACUGCUGCUAAGCAUCAACCGGAACCAACCGCUGCAGUUGGCGGAAGACACCGUGAACAUGGCGCUCAAGCGCAAGAACGAGCAGAAUUGUCCGUUCAUUGUGGGUAUCGACCUCAGCGGAAACUCAGAGCGCCCGAAUUCCGAAUUCUACCGCUUCGAGCACGUGUUGGAGCGCGCGCGAGCCGGAGGCCUCAAGCUCGCCGUGCACUUUGCCGAACACUUCGACGACGACGAAUCCACUCGGAUCCUGAAUUUCCGACCGGACCGACUAGGUCACGCCUGUUGCCUACCGGAACCGCUCUACUCCAAGAUGCUGGCGCUGCGAAUCCCCGUCGAGGUCUGUUUGACCUCCAACGUCCAUACAUUGGACAGAUACCGCAACGAUGGAGACUGUAAGUGUUCCUUGGAUGAGAAGCACGAGGCCUCGGGGCUGUGCGUGUGCGGCUUCACCUCGCACCCGCACGGUAGGCUUCUCGCCAACGAUCGCGACCAGGAGCAGCAACUUGGCGUCUACCCCAUGUGUAUCUGUACGGAUGACUACGGCGUGCUGGACACCACGCUAUCGAUCGAGUACAUGCGCAUUGCGCAGGCGUUCAAAUUGGGCAAGGAGCGACUUCUAGAUAUCGCCCGAUCACCCAUAGAGGCAAUCUUCGACCAGAGCCAAGUGUCCAAAUUGAGGCUGUUAUUCCACUGA